AUGGGCAAAUCUUGUCUAAAUCACGUUCAAGAAUUCACUGCCCUCUGCUCCAAAGGACACGUCAAAGAAGCCUUUAAAAGCUUCAGAUCGGAGAUAUGGUCAGACACAUCUCUUUUCUGUCACCUUGUCCAAGCAUGCAUACUCAGAAAAUCACUUCCAAUGGGGAAACAGCUUCAUUCUUUGACAAUUACAUCUGGGUGUUUGAACAAGUUUUUCUCAAAUCACCUCCUUAGCAUGUACUCCAAACUCCGAGAAUCACAAACUGCUAUAACGUUGUUUGAUCACAUGCCUUGGAGAAACAUUAUGUCGUGUAACAUAAUGAUAAAUUGUUACGUGCAAAGUGGUGAUUUGGAUAGUGCCCGCAAUGUUUUCGACGAAAUGCCACAAAGAAACGUUGCUACGUGGAAUGCUAUGGUUUCCGGUUUGAUCCAGUUUGAGUUCAAUGGAGACGGGUUGUGUCUCUUUUCGGAAAUGCAUGAGUUAGGAUUUUUGCCUGAUGAGUACACUCUAGGUAGCGUUCUUCGAGGAUGUGCGGGUUUGAGAUCUUUACGUGCAGGGAAACAGGUUCAUGCUUAUGUAAUGAAAAGUGGGUUCAAGUUCGAUUUGGUUGUUGGGAGCUCUUUGGCUCACAUGUAUAUGAAGUCUGGAAGCUUGGAAGAAGGAGAAAAAGUGAUCGACUCUAUGCCAAUUCGGAAUGUGGUUGCUUGGAAUACGCUUAUAGCAGGAAAAGCUCAAAGUGGGCAUCCAGAGGAAGUGCUGGAUAACUAUAAUAUCAUGAAACUUGCGGGUUUAAGACCUGACAAGAUCACUUUUGUGAGUGUAAUUAGUUCAUGUUCAGAUUUGGCAACACUUGGACAGGGCCAGCAGACUCAUGCUGAGGCGAUAAAAGCAGGGGCUUGUUCUGUAGUUGAUUUGACUAGCACAUUGGUUAGCAUGUACUCAAGAUGUGGGUGUCUGGAAGAUUCUGUGAAAGUUUUCGUGGAAAGUGAAAGUAUGGAUCCGGUGUUGUGGAGCUCUAUGAUUGCGGCUUAUGGGUUUCACGGCCGAGGAGAGGAAGCCAUCAAACUGUUUGAACGAAUGGAGGAGGAGGGUAUGGAAGCAGAUGAUGUUGCUUUCUUAAGCUUGCUCUAUGCGUGUAGCCAUUGCGGAUUGAGGGAGAAAGGGUUGGAAUUCUUUGACUUGAUGGUUGGAAGGUAUGGAUUGAAGCCUAGACGGGAGCACUAUGCGUGUAUUGUCGAUCUACUCAGUCGUUAUGGUUGUUUGGAGGAAGCAGAGGCCAUGAUACGAUCAAUGCCCAUUAAAGCUGAUGCUAUCAUAUGGAAAAUUUUGUUGGCUGCAUGCAAGAUACACAAAAAUGCAGACGUGGCAAGUCGGGUUGCUGAGGAAGUUCUCAAGGUGGAUCCACAGGAUUCGGCUUCUUAUGUGCUACUUUCCAACGUUCAUGCUUCUGCCAAAAGGUGGGAGGAUGUUUCUGCAGUUAGGAAAAUGAUGAGAGAUAAGAAUCUUAAGAAGGAACCGGGUGUGAGCUGGGUGGAAAUAAAGAAUCAAGUUCACCAGUUCUCUAGGGGUGAUAGAUCUCAUCCAAAGUCUAAGGAGAUUGAUUUGUAUCUGAAUGAACUAACGACCGAGAUGAAAUUCCGCGGUUAUGCGCCCAACACGAGUGCUGUUUUACAUGACAUGGAUGUUGAGGAGAAAGAGGACAGCUUGGCACAUCACAGUGAGAAGUUGGCAAUUGCAUUUGCCUUAAUGAACACCCCUGGUGGUGUACCGUUAAGGAUAAUGAAGAAUCUGCGGGUAUGUGAAGAUUGUCAUCUGGCCAUUAAGUACAUAUCUGAGACAAAAAACCGCGAAAUAAUUGUGCGUGAUAGUAGUAGAUUCCACCACUUCAGGAAUGGAGGUUGUUCUUGUGGAGACUACUGGUGAGAGAAGGGAUAGGAUCACCUAGGUUUGCCGGCCAUCUUGAGGAUAAGGAGCAUGAGGGGUUGU